AUGCCUGUUAGCGACAUCAGCACCCCGCGAGAGUUCGACGCUGCCGUCGCCCGCCACCGCUUCCUCAUGGUCAACUUCACCAUGGCCGGGUGCCAGCCGUGCGCCAUGGUGAAGCCCACCAUCGACCUGCUCAGCGACUCGCCCAAGUACCUGGCGGUGGGGUUCGUCAGGGUCGACAUCAACGCCAACGCGCCGGUGGCGGCGCGGUACGCCAUCGCCGCCGCCCCGCUGUUUGUGUUUUUGAAGCUGGGACAAGAGGUGAAACGGGUUACCGGUGGCAAUCUCCAGGCGAUCGUCGCAGAGUUGGACCGGCUUCAGGCGCAGGCCGCAUUAAGUGGUGCCAGCGCCAAAAUUGAAUUUAAAACGGAUGCUCUCAAACAGGGGUACGAUCUGCUUAACCCCCUAAUUGAUUUCCAAGGGUUUGAAGCGUUAAAUGUCCAGGGACUGGCGAAACUGGUGUUUAAGGCCAAUACUCCCGCCAAGGGAGUGUGGCUGGACGCUGAUUCUCAGCUUAUGUUCUACGUGCCGUUGAUGAACGUCAGCAAAGUGCACCUGAUCCUCAUCAAGGCUCGUUCCGGGGUGGUGGUCGAUGAAACCGAUGGUGAAACCGCGCAACGCCCGUCUCGAGUGAAGGUGUGGCCCAACUUACCCCUGCCGCUCCUGUUUGACGAUGCCGAAUCCGACCAUAACCCCGCUCACGGCCAACUGAUUGAAUUCAGUGAUGGCAGUGACUGGGUCGAAGUUAAGCUCAAAUUCGUCCGUUUCCAAAAAGUCCAACUGCUCUGCGUGUUUUUAGAUGGUGACGAUGAGGAUACGCCUACUUUAGUGGACCAGAUCGUCGUGGUGGGCGUACUGGGCGACCUGACAGAGGUGGCCAAAUUACCCCGGGACGGGCAAUAA